AUGACAUCCAGUAGUACAGAGCAAACGUCAGCAGAUUCAUCUGUCUCUGCAUUUACCAGUGCAUUAAUUUUCAAUGGAGCAAUUACUUUUGGAUUAUUUAUUACAUUUGAUAUUAUAAGAAAACGAGUUAAAAAAGUAUAUGAACCAAGAAGUCAUUUGCUUCCUCGAAGAUUUAUGAAAAUGUUCACGAUUAUAUUUAUGAUAUUUACAAUAAUUGGAAUUGGAAUUCUUUUACCUAUAAAUUAUAUUGGUCAAUUGGGUCAAUCAGGAUUGGAUCAAUUUACCAUGGGAAAUGUUUCCGAUAAAAAUAGAUUAUAUUUUCAUGUGGGUGCGGCUUAUAUUUUUACUGGAAUAAUGUUAUACAUGAUGUAUCGUGAAACAAAUAUUUAUAUUAAAUUUAAACAUGCUUACUGUACAACACACGAAUAUCAAAAAUCACCUCGUGCCACUACAAUUUAUGUUCCUGAUAUUCCUUCUCAUUUAAUUCAUAAUGAAGAAGAAUUUAAAAAAUUAUAUAAUGCUUUUCCGGGUGGUGUUAAGAAAAUAUGGUUUAAUAGAUAUCCCAAAAAACUUAUAGAAGCUCAAAGUGAAAGACAGAAAAUAAUAAAUGGACUUGAGUUAGCCGAAACAGCAUUUAUUCGAAAUUAUGAUAAACAAUUCACCGAAUCAAAAGAAAUAAGGGAUGAAGAUUUAAAAAAAUUUCGACCAAUUAGUCGAUCAAAACUUGGAAUGAAACAAGAUGCGAUUGAAUUUAAUCGAAAAAGAUUAAUCAAAUUUAAUAAUCGGAAUGAAUUAAUAUUUACCAAUUUAAAUUCGGCAUUUAUUCAAUUUAAAAGUUUUAUGGGAGCUCAAUUAGCAGCAAAUUCUACUGCCACCCGAAUAACUGAUAUAUCACCUGAUGAUAUUAUUUGGGAAAAUUUAAAUAUUGCUUAUUCACAACGAUUAGUUAGAAAAGUAAUAAUUACAUUUGUCGCGGCUAUCAGUAAACUUUCAGAAUUAGGAAAAAUAAUUCCUUUCUUAGAACCAGCGAUUGAUAGCUUGCCUAUAACUGUUUUGGGUAUCAUUGAAGGUAUUUUACCUGCGCUUGCUUUAGCAAUUUUAAUGAUUAUUUUGUCCCUGUUUCUUAGAGGAGUAGAAAUUAGUUUACAAAAAAAAUAUUAUUUCUUUUUAAUUAUCAAUGUCCUUUUGGUAACAUCAUUUGCUAAUGGAGUAUUUGAAGCCAUAUCCCCAAUAAUUGAAAACCCGCCUUCAAUUGUAAAUACUUUAGCCGAAAAGUUGCCUUUGGCUUCAACAUUCUUUUUAACUUACGUAUUACUCUCAAUAUCCGGUUCGGCUAUAGAAUUAUUACAAAUUGGUCCAUUGGUAAUGUAUCUCGGAUUUAAAAAAUUCUUUAGGCUUUUCCAAUUUUCCUUAGGAAUCUGUAUUUAUCAAUUGUUGAUGAUUGGUUUAAUGUUUCUUAAUCAAGCUUUCAUUCCUGGAGUAUUGAUGAUCGUGUUAUUGGGAUUAACCAUCACCUUUAUAAUUUUAAAAGAGAAAUUUAUUUUUAAAAGAAAUCCUUAUGCGAAAUUUUUAUCGGGUAAAUAUAUUAUUAGUGAACUUGAUAUUCCUGAUAGUAGAAUUUCUAUUGGGGAUACUUCCUCUUUUGAGGGUGGUGAUUCUAAAGGAAGUGAAGAAGGAAUUCAAGAGAUAAAAAAAGGAGAAGCAAUUUUUGAAACAGGUGAUGAUGAUGAAGAUAAUUAUUAUGCACAUCCAGCAUUUUAUGCUACACAAUCUUCAGUUUGGUUGCCUCAAGAUCCAGCAAGACUUAGUAUAAAAGAAAUUGAAGAAUGUCAAAAUCAAGGAAUAAAAGCUACCAAUCAAGGAGCGAGUUUAAAGAAUAAUAAAAUUGUGGUGGAUCUUAACGAUGUACCUGUAGAGAUAGAAUUUGUGAAACAUUAUCAUUUCGGUGAAUAUAUUCGUCAAGAUGAUUAUCUUCAUUAG